GGAGCUUUACCCAGUCCCUAACACCACGUAAAGGGAGCUUUACCCUGUCCCCAACACCACGUUCAGGGAGCUUUCCUCUGUCCCUAACACCACGUACAGGGAGCUUUACCCUGUCCCUAACACCACGUACAGGCAGCUUUCCUCAGUCCCUAACACCACGUACAGGGAGCUUUCCUCUGUCCCUAACACCACGUACAGGGAGCUUUCCUCAGUCCCUCACACCACAUACAGGGAGCUUUCCUCUGUCCCUCACACCACGUACAGGGAGCUUUCCUCAGUCCCUCACACCACGUACAGGGAGCUUUCCUCUGUCCCUCACACCACGUACAGGGAGCUUUACCCAGUCCCUCACACCACGUACAGGGAGCUUUACCCAGUCCCUAACACCACGUACAGGGAGCUUUCCUCUGUCCCUAACACCACGUACAGGGAGUUUUACCCUGUCCCUAACACCACGUACAGGGAGCUUUCCUCUGUCACUAACACCACGUACAGGGAGCUUUCCUCUGUCCCUCACACCACGUACAGGGAGCUUUACCCUGUCCCUAACACCACGUACAGGGAGCUUUACCCAGUCCCUAACACCACGUACAGGGAGCUUUCCUCUGUCCCUAACACCACGUACAGGGAGCUUUACCCUGUCCCUAAGACCACGUACAGGGAGUUUUACCCUGUCCCUAACACCACGUACAGGGAGCUUUACUCUGUCUCUAACACCACGUACAGGGAGCUUUACCCUGUCCCUAAGACCACGUACAGGGAGUUUUACCCUGUCCCUAACACCACGUAGAGGGAGCUUUCCUCUGUCACUAACACCACGUAGAGGGAGCUUUCCUCUGUCUCUAACACCACGUACAGGGAGCUUUCCUCUGUCCCUAACACCACGUACAGGGAGCUUUACUCUGUCCCUAACACCACGUACAGGGAGCUUUCCUCAGUCCCUCACACCACGUACAGGGAGCUUUACUCAGUCCCUCACACCACGUACAGGGAGCUUUCCUCAGUCCCUCACACCACGUACAGGGAGCUUUACCCUGUCCCUAACACCACGUACAGGGAGCUUUACUCUGUCCCUCACACCACGUACAGGGAGCUUUACCCUGUCUCUAACAUCACGGGGGACAGUGUAG